GCGGACCCUGCUGCUCCCUGCUGGCGCCGCCCCAGCCUCCGCCUCUGCCCUCUUCGCCCGCGGAGUUCGCUGCGAGGCCUGCCUUGUCCGGCCGGCUCGGAGCCCUGGCCGCCGCCCCCACAGCAGGCGGGGGGAGAACCCGGCCGGUUCCUCUGCGAGUUGCUGCCGCCGACCCUGGCAGGCUCAGGGCAGCUCCUGCCGAGAGGGAAGAUUCCCUUUGCCAAGAACACGCGGGGCCUUGCUCUCCCCUCCCCGCCGCCCCUCACUGACGCUCUGGGAUCUCGCCCUGCAGCACAGAUGCCCUGCCCAUUGCUCAUCCUGGGCCUGCUGGUGCUCGCUCCAGCCGGCUCAGUGGAUAUCCGGGUCCCCGAUGACCCUGUGAUCGCCCUCUUUGGUCGGGACGCCGUCCUCCACUGCUCUUUCUCGCCUGAUGCCAGCUUCAGCCUCACCGAGCUCAGCCUCAUCUGGCAGCUGACGGACACCAAGCGGUUGGUGCACAGCUUUGCCAGCGGGCAGGACCAGCUGGCUGACCAGGGCAGCGGCUAUGUCAACCGCACGGCCCUCUUCUACGAGGAGCUGCCCCGGGGCAAUGUCUCGUUGCUGCUGCGGCGGGUGCAGAUCUCCGAUGAGGGCAGCUUCACCUGCUUUGUCCGGGUCCAUAGCUACAGCAGCGCGGCGGUGACGCUGCAGGUGGCCGCUUUGUAUUCUAAGCCCAACUUGAACCUGGAGCCCAGCAAGAACCUGAAGCCAGGGGACCUGGUGAUGGUGACCUGCCACACCUUCCGCGGCUACCCUGCGGCUACGGUGCUCUGGCAGGAUGGCCAGGGCAACAACAUCACGGAGAACGUCACCACCUCCCAGGUGGCCAAUGAGGAAGGGCUCUUUGAUGUGCAGAGCAUCCUCCGUGUGGUGCUGGAGCCCAACAGCACUUACUCCUGCCUGGUGCGGAACCCCGUGCUGCAGCAGGAGACCCACGCCUCCGUUACCAUCACUGGUCAGCACCUCAGCUUCCCUGCCGUGGCUCUCUGGGUGACUGUGGGACUCGCUAUCUGCAUCUUGGGGCUGCUGGGUGCCCUGGCUUACGUGUGCCGGAAGAAAAUUCGCCAGAGCUGCAAGGAAGAGGAAGAGAAUGCAGGGAUGGAGGAGCAGAGUGAGGAUGGUAUAGAACCCAAGACAGCUUUGCAGCCUCUGAAGAGCACAGAGAACAAAGAAGGCAACGAACAAGAAAUUGACUGACAGGAAGUGGAGGAGACACACAAACGAUGCCCCAUGCCACAGACUAGCAGACUGUCCUCUCGGACCAUUGUAGCCUCCUGGGGGAUGUCCUAUGGGAGACACUGAACAUCCCAUCCCCUGUGUCACCAUUGCUGCAUACCCUGGCCAUGAUGGACAGCAGCUUCAGCCUGUUUGCUCUGUUUGCUUCACCGUAACCAUCUUCCCCUUCCUCUCUCUCCCCCCCCCCCCCCCCCCCCAGGGUAGAUGCAGUUGUGUUGCUAUGUAGGGCUCGCUUCCUCACGGGGCUGGAUACACUUUAUUCCCAGGAGUCCUUCUCUUCCUGGCCCGUGCAGCCCAAAGGAGCCUGAUUCUCCAUUGUCCUGCACCUUUGGUGCUCAUUUCCACCAAUGCAAAGUGGGUGCAUAGUGCUCCCAAUGGUGACCAUUUGCACUCACACUGCCCCGGUGGAAAUGACUGCAUAAGAUGCAGGGCAGUGGAGAGUUGGGCCCAGGAUGUGAAGGGCUCUUUCCUGUAAGGUGAUUAACUUAGAGAUCAAUGGGGUUACUCCUGCACUUAAAGUUAAGCAGGUGCUAACGUGCUCUGCUGGAUGGGUUGGAGGGCUUGGUCCCUUGUGAGAUUGAACCCUCCCUACACAGGAGGUGCAGCCAGCAGGAUCUGAGCAGCUAGGAGGGAUGCAAUGGGGACGCUUGCCAAACAAGUGUGUGGUCAGAUGAGGUGGGUGGUGAACUCCCCCACUCUCCCGCAAUUUUAUCGAUGGUUAAGGGGAUGUUUGCUUAUCAGUGCCCUAUUACAGCACCAGCUCUUGGUGUCUUGGCCCUUAUAGCAUGUGACUAACACCAGAGCUGGCCGUACGGCUCCAUGGAUGUUCCUCCUCCCCAGUCCCAGCCAUCCUUCCCCCGCUGUCACCACAAAUCAGGCUCCAGCUUAUUCCCACACCCCAAAUUCAGCUUCUAAAGGGGGCGGGGAGGGGAUGGGACCAGGUGUCUGUCUUUCAGAAGAUCCAAAGGCAGAGGCUCUGAGUGUCCUUGUGUCCUCCUGUCUGCCUUUCCUCUCCUGCACCUGGUGCCUGAGACCCAACCACAACCGUUCUUUAGGGGAUCUGCUGAUGGUUGGACUAUCCUCCCCUCAAGAUGCCUUCAUGGACAAGGUUCAACAACCUCCAAGCAGUAGGCCUGUGGAGGUGGACAAUGGGCCCAAGAAGGUCUUUGAAGCUCUUGGAGAUGGACAGUGGGUCCAGGUGGCUGUAGAGAUGGAGAAUGGCCUAGUGUGGUUAUAGAGGCUCCGUGGGGAUGGAGCUCAUAGACUUGAGUGGAAGUGGUCCCUGGUCUUGGUCCUGGUUAUGGCAGAGGCACAGCUCCAAAGGGCAUCUUGUUAUCUUUAACGUUGUACCACUGUCACCAGCAUGUCUUUUGCCAUAAGCCCCUGGAGCCAGAGCUGUCCCUGGCUUAAUUCUAUUGAGGUUGGUGGAGUUACCCCAGGGGUGGAUUUGGCCCAGAAGAUUUUGUUGAGGCAGGAGAAGGAGAGGAAACUUCAUAGAUCUCACCCCCCUGCCCUUGCCUUGCUUUAUCAAAGGAGUCAGGAAGUAUCUGUAACUGGAUGUUGCGCCUGCUUGGGCCAAGGGUGAGGAGGGAAACUUGCAGGUCAGAUGUGACCCUUAACUACUAACUCCCAAGCUGCUUGCAUCCUUGCUAGAGAAGGGGAUGGGCAUGAGCGGAGGCAGAGAUGGAUUCUCCCGUCGAUUUUGCAUCCCUGGUUGGGAAGGAUGAUCCACAAUUUUCUGCAGCAAAGCUAUCCCCAUUUCCUGCUCUAUCCAUCAGAAAGGCUCCCCUGCAGCCUGGUUCCAGGGCCAGUGAGGUCAAGGGUGCCACCUCAGCUGCUUGCGAAGAGCACUGUGAAGUUAAAUGGGAGUUCCCCCCCCCCCCAUGGUUGUCACUCUCACACACUGGCCGGUCUGUUCCUGGGCAUCUGGUGGCCAUUUUGAAGCCAAGGUUUCCCAUGAGCUGAUGCCUCUAAAGUAUGUGUUUGGGGUCAUCAACUCUGAGGUGAAUGGAAAAUACCUGACUGAGCAGCAUGGAACCUGCCAGUGACCCUAAGCUUUUCCUGCCAGAAAGCUAGAGGCAAGGGGAAACUAGGCUGCGAGAAUCUAAUGGGCCAUGGAGGCCCACCUGCCUUCUCAGCCCCACCCAUGGUUCAUCUAAAUCACUGGGCUUCUCAGCUAUGUCAGUGGGUGUGUGUGUGUGUGAUUAACUUCAUUGGGGAUGCCCUCAUGUAUCCCAGCUGAAGAGCUGAGGGGCUAUUAUAGGUGGUGGGGGAGCACCUCCUAUUGUUAAGAUUUGCUGACACCUCCCUAUAUAUAAGACCCUGCUUUCAGUUGCUUUAUAACUUUGCCAAGCUUCAUCCGUUUGGAUGGAGAUUUUCCAUGCCAGAGGUCUGCCUCAGGCUGAAUGCGUUUGGCAAAUUUCAGCCAGAAUGGCUUGGCUGUUUCUGAGAAUGAGGCUAAGGGAAAGUACAUUGUUUAGUUCAUGUUAAAAACAAUUUGGGCGCCCUUUUCUUUGAGCAGCUUUAGCGUCCCCGUGCUUGGGAAGGGGGACUUGAAAUUUGGUAGGGGCAUGGCCUCUGUGUCAGGGAUGUGCCUGUUGCCACCCCGGUGAAAAUCUGCCCACAUUUGGUCAAGUUUCUUUUUAAAAUUGCAGUUUGCAUGUACCCAGAGACUUCAGUUUUGCCAGCUAAAUCUCUGAUGAUUCCAUCCUCACUGAGCAUGCUCGAGGCUCUCUCAGCUCCUAGUGCUGACCAGACUGUGCGUGUGCCAUCCCCAAAGAGCAACUGUGCAUGCUGCUGCUAGACUAGGGCUGCUGGGACAAAGCUGGACUUGCCCUGUGAGUGCUGCUCUAGGCCAGGUGUGGCGGGGCAGAGAGGCUGUCUCUCGUGCUCUCAGGAUCCAGGCACUUUGGCAGAGGAAGCUGUCUGAUGUGGUGCAGAGGGGACAAAAGCUGGAUCGGGGCAAGGGAAGGAGUAAAUUGGUGACAUGGAAUCUAGCAAACCUGGGUCUGCAGGAGGAAGGGAUGCUGGGACCAACUGGGGGACAGGACUGGGAGCCAGUUGGCAGGGAGGGGGGAGACUGGCACUGGCUGGACAAUGAGGCUGGGAUUAGGGACCAGUGAGGGAAGGGCAAAGGGAGCAGGGGGAGGGGGACAGCUGAAAAGGAGCUGGUAUGUGGGAGAAUUGGGACUGCUUGGGCAAAGAGAUGGGGCAAGGAGCCAGAGAGGGGGGAGAUUGGGGCAAGAAGGGUGGGAGGGGGAGACUGAAUUUAAAUGAGCAGCCCCGGGAGGGAGAUUAGGAGUGGAAGCCUAUGGGGAUUGGAAGCAGAGGGAGCUCAGAUGUGGAGCUGGGAGAGGGAACUGGCUGGGAGAGGAGUUGGGGCAAGAUGGGGAGAAUUGUGACUGGGUGUGAGUGAGACUGGGAGUUGGGGGAGAGUUUGGGAUUUGGAAAGUGGGGGCCGGGGAUACUAGUGCAGGCUGGGCAAGGAGAUUGGCUGGGAUGAGAAGCCUGAGCAGUAGAGGCGACUAGGUUGCUAGGAGAAUGGGACUGG